AUUAGAAACCUUGUCUAAUAAAAUGCUUGGAGAAUCCUUCCUAAUUGAACUCCUAUACAAAGAACAAGUUACAUGUAAGAAAACCUCAAAUGAUGAAAAGGAAACUUGGAAAAAGCAACUUUUAGAUAUAGAGAAUAAUUCACUUUCCCCUGAUAAAAUGGAAAAUGAAAAUAAGGUCAUGAAAGAAAGUAUAACAGAGAAAAGUAAUGAUACAAGUAAAAUAAAAUCUGUGGAUGAGAUAACUGUAGCAAAAUGCAAGACUGCCUCCUUUCUAGGGAAUAUGUCUGCUGCACUGCCCAUUCCAAAAAGAGAACAACAUGAUGAAAAGCAACUAGAUUUAUACCGAUCUUAUUCAUGUACAAGUAUUUGCCAGAAUUAUCCUGAUCUACAGAUUGGAGGAGACCAUGUAGGUAACAUGUAUGAUUCCGGCUGCUUUGUGGAACACAUGCGUGAUGAUGCUCUUAGUGGUCCUCUUUUGCUUUCAGUAGAUAUACCGUUAGGUCAUUCUCCCAUCAUUGAACCUCUAGAUAAACUACCUACCUCAAAGCUUUUGAAUGGCGAUGAAAUUCGAGAAAGAAGUAUGUUGUCUCAUAAACAGCCCCUCUCUAAUUCUAUGCUUAAUGGUUAUAUGGAAAAAAAAGUGGAUGAACUCUACAAACAGUUUUUGGAAGAAAAUCUCACUCAGUGCUGCUCCAUAACCAACCUUAUGGCUUCCAAUUUGUUAAUGAAUGAUAUAAAUCAGAUUAGCCUCCAAAUCUCUCAAGAGCAGAACAUAGAGGCAUUGAAAUUUCAGGAAGUUGUUCUACAUUCUUUAGCAAGAUGUAAUCUCUGUAACAUUUCCCAUGGAAAUAGUUUUGAAUUCAGCACUCCUAAUUUACAAAUAUCAAACCAGAGAAGUAGAGAACUUGUACCACAUCUACAAUAAGAAUCAACUGCAGUUUGGUUGAACUGAUUUAUGAGACUGUAGUAACAGUAGUCUCCUCUAGUUUAUUGUGUCACAUCAGCCCCUUUGUGGUGUGAUUACUAUAGUUUUUGAGAACUUAUUUUAUCAAUGGUACAUCUGAAUUCUUAUAGGAGACAAUAUAAAUAAUUAACUUUUAUGACUAUACUUUUAAUUGUUUUGACAUCUUUAAUGGUUGCUACAUUCAAGUUUGUAAAUUCCAUAUGUGUGAUCUAUCUAAUUGCCACCAGCAUCUGAAAGUGAUUACUUUACUCUCACUCAUCUGUUUACCACAAAAGUGGUUUUAAAAAAGUGAGAUGAAGAGAGAAUUUUUCUCAGCUACGAAAAGACAACUAGAAACUGUAUCAGAUAGAGGCAUUUCUUUCUCCACAAAAAUGCUUAAAGACAUGAGUAGUGCCUAAAUAUUUUUCUUUUUAUUUUCAACAUACAAAAUUUUUCACACUGACAAUCAGAAAUUAUUCAAAUAAAAAUUGGAUUUAAAUGAUAUUUGAAAGAAAUGUGGAAUGAGAGCUUAAGGAAAAAUGGAGAAUUUGCCAUUAAGAUUUGCAGUUGAACUUCAUGCUUUUGAACUUUCUUGGGACAAGCAUCUGCUUUUAUAUAUCACUCUGUUAAGCAUGGUGGUUUUCAGCUAUGGGAGGAAGGAAAGCAUAUACAUAGAGUGAACAAAGUGAAUAGAGAACCACCAUUUAGAAAUAGAGAGGCUCUCUUGACAACUUUUUACACUUCUUAUAUUAUCCUCAAUCAAGAUACUGGCUUAGGAUAAAAGUAGGAUGUUAUAGCAAUUUUGGAGUUUAAUUAAAUUAAUUAGUAAAAGAUAUUUAAAUGAAUGGUAUAGUUUAUUGCAGACAUGGAAACAAGACACAAUAGCUCACACUUCUCUCUUAUGUACAGUAAAAUGAUUAGCAUGUACUUUUGCUUGUAAAAUGAAGUGAUAUAAUUUAUGUUAUCUAAUUGUUAUGGUUGAUAAAAUAUGUACCUUAGUACUCACAUGUUCUUUUCUAAUAAUUUAUUUGGUCUUCGUUUAAACUCUAAAGAAUGUGUUAGUCCGAUGCCCUUAGGAUUUGUUCUUUGUGAUCCCACAAUCAUUAGUUUAUUUUCAUCAUUUCCAAAUUUCUAUGAUCUAGUAAUAAGUACUCCUGAUUUAUUUCCUGUUUUUAUUUACAUAAAAUAAAAAUGUUCUUCUUUAAAAUAAGAUGUUCAUAAAAUAAGAUGUUUUUCUUUCUCCAACAUGUUGUCCAAUAACCCUCUCAAUCCAUUUCCAUCAUUCUGACAUUUGAUUCUGAAGAGGCAAUGAUAAAGGUUUUUGAACAACUGGCUUAGUGUUUUGUAGAUACAGAAACUCAAGUAGGGGCUCUGUAUCAACCUAGAGGGAUGGAAUGGGGAGGGAGAUGUGAGG